AUGUCUGCAACUAACUACGACAGUGUUCAAGCUCUCAAUACCGGUAGUUAUGACUACAAAAUCAGAGUCAGAGUCAUCAGGUUAUGGCGUGGAGCAACUCGGACUGGAGAAGAAUUCAAAAAUUUCAAUGUCAUUCUGUUGGAUAGCAAGAGUAACAGAAUUCAUGCUUUCAUCCCAACCUCACGCGCAGAGGAACUAGCAGAAGUACUAAAAUUGGAUAAAAACUAUAAGAUCAGAAACUUCACUGUUCAGUUCUACAAGGCAAGUGACAAAUUCAGGUGCCUACGUAACGACCGGCAAAUAGUUUUCACAAAAGACACUUCUGUGCAAGAAAUUGCAGAAGACGAAGUUAACAUUCCUUUAGACUACUUUGAUUUCUAUGACCAUAGCCAGCUCGAAGAACUUUCAAAGCAGACUACAUACUUAGCCGGUACAAAACAAGAUGUAAUAGGUAUUGUGAAGAAACACGACAAGUUUAGAGAUCUGGAAAACAAACAUGGCCAAAAGCAGAAACAAUCCAAGUUGGUCAUCACAGAUGGAAGCUCUAACGUCAAUAUUACUUUCUGGGAUGCUUUUGGAACUAAGUUUGAGAAUGCUAUGAAAGAAGCAGUUGAGACUCCUGUCAUUCUGAUCAUAUCAUGCUGCCGAGUUGGAAAGUUUAAUGGUGCCGUUGAUAUUGGUAAUGUUCCAGCUACAAGAGUAUACAUCAACUACAAACACCAUGUCGUAGGUCAACUCAGAAAAAUGCUACAAAAUCCUGAGUUUGUUGAGAAGGUUUUUGCUGAAAAGCAAAAAAAGGAGAUUGCGCUGGUGAAAGUUGCUGAGAUUAAAAAAUUUGGGAAGGAAUACAUCGAGAACAAGGUCUUAACACAUGUGACAAUAAAAUCUGUCGAUGAAACAACAAGUUGGUGUUACUCUGCUUGCACUGGAUGCAGGAAAGAAAUCAAAAAGGAUAACUCAGUAUACGUUAGUCAACCUUGCAACAGGUUGGUGCCUUACCCAGAGAUAAGCUAUCGCAUUUCAGUUCUAGCAGAGGAUAACACUGAUGAGGUGCACAUCAUCCUGGGAGAUAGAGAAGUCAGGACACUGAUUAGGAAGAGAGCUAGGAACCUUUUGGAGGAGGUUAACAAACAAAUCUAA